AUGUCGGUGCCCCUCUCGUCGGCCUUCUUCGCCGGCGGCGUCCUCGUAGGAGCGACAGGCGCGUUCCUGCUCCGUCCUUCGCCCUCGCCUGCGCCGACCCAACCUAGCUCGCCUCCCCCACCGCCGCCCGGGGCGCCGCAGACGCUGGCGGGCCACAGCCUCAUCGACGCCUCCUCGCUGACGCUCACCGAUGCCGCGGGCCAGCCGGUGGUGCGCGCAGGCUCCGUGGGGCCGAUCGUGGACCUGCUCAGGAACACGGCCUACAUCUCGGCGUAUGACCGCCGUCUUCGCCACCCUGCGUGGACCGCCGAGCACCUGACCGCGGCCUCGUUUGCCCCGCCUGCAAGCGGCGGCGGCGACGGAGGAAGUGGCGGCGUGGACCGACGGUACAGCGUCUUCAAGGAGGACCCGCGGAUCCCGGAGCUGUUCCGUGCGCGCCUCGCCGACUACUUUCGCUCGGGCUACGACCGCGGCCACAUGGUGCCGGCCGCCGAUGCCAAGACGAGCCAGACGGCCAUGGACGAGACGUUUUUCCUCUCCAACAUUGCCCCCCAGGUCGGCGAGGGCUUUAACCGCGACUACUGGGCCCACCUCGAGGAUUUCACGCGCCGGCUCGCCAAGGCCAGUGCCGAUGGGCGCGCACCGCGGUGGAAGAACGUGUACGUGUUCACGGUCCCGCUCUACCUCCCGCGGUCCUACCUCGAGCCGGCGCCGACGGCGACGGGAGGCGGUAGUAGCAGCGCAGUCGACGAGCGCCGGGAGCGCUUCCGUGUCAGCUACGAAGUCAUUGGCUCGCCACCAUCGAUUAGCGUGCCCACGCACUUUGCCAAAGUCAUCUACGCCCUCCCUGCCUCGUCCUCCUCCUCGCUCCUUUCCCGAGGCGGCGGCGGCGUGCUCGGCGCAUUCGUGCUGCCGAAUGCGCGCAUCCCCAACGAGGUACCCCUGCGCCAGUUUCUCGUGCCUGUCGAGUCCGUCGAGCGCGCUGCGGGUCUCACGCUCUUUUCCGACGACGUCAAACGCGGUGCACGGCCGCUGUGCGACAGCGUCGAUUGCAGCAUCGUCGUACGCGAGUUCAACGACAUUCGCAAAAAGACGCUCUCGGCGCCGCCUCCCACGCCG